AUGACUGCAAUAUACCUCCAUUCCAUCCAUCAUUUGCCAGUCCUUCAAGUGGUCGUGUUCUUGCCCAACGGUCCUGUGGUUUGCUGUGCCACAUAUGGAGCCCGCAUCGAGGUCAGAGUGAAAGCCGAAGCCUGGCAUUCCUGGGUGAACAGCACAAGCAGGUCCGGUGUUGCUGAUGAACUUAGCUUCCGUGUGCGGAAGUUGGACGUGGUUUGCAGCCGGGUAUCCGAUGCAUUGAAACUCGUGGACGACCUGCUCGAGCUGCGCGAAUGCGCAGAUCAGGUGAUGAAGGCUAUCUCUUCUGAAGAUUUCGAACAAGCGGCCAGAUUUGUCUCUCGCUUCAGGGCGUCCCAGGACAGUCUGCCGCCUGGCACUGAUGAUGCAACCGUCCGCACCCUGUUAGAAACUCAGAGACUGAACGGCAGUCGUCAGGAACGGCAGUCGUUCCAGGGCAUCGUUCGAUGUCACCGGAGUCAAGGUGGAACGAAGUCAUAG